AUGGAUUUUGAAUAUGUUCAUCUUGAAACAUCCGCUGUCACUCAAAAAAAAGAAAAUUCUGAAUCGACUUUAAGCAACAAAAAAAAAAAAAUUCGGAGGAACAGUUUAGUUUCUACAUUUUGUUAUUUUGUCUUCGACCGUUUACAAAUGCAAGCCUUCGCGUUAAAACAAAUAAGUCGUCAAAUGAAUGGAAAACGUGAUUUCGGUUUUGAUAUGAAAAGUUCAUUGUACGGUAGAAAUAGCGCCGAAAAUCGUCAAUUACUUUAUGGAGCAUCAUAA